AUGUCGACGGUUUCCACUCAGAACGACAAGGCAACCCACAAAACGCAUCAACCUUUGCAGAUUGCAAAGCGCUUAGAGAAGUUUCAGACUACAAUCUUCACUCAAAUGAGCUUACUUGCCAUCAAACAUGGAGCCAUAAACCUUGGUCAAGGCUUUCCCAAUUUUGAUGGUCCAGAGUUUGUAAAGGAAGCAGCGAUUCAAGCAAUCAGGGAUGGGAAAAAUCAGUAUGCUAGGGGUUAUGGAGUUCCAGACCUUAACAUUGCCAUUGCUGAAAGAUUUAAGAAAGAUACUGGACUAGUCGUAGACCCUGAAAAAGAAGUUACUGUUACAUCUGGAUGCACAGAAGCAAUUGCUGCAACUGUAUUAGGAUUAAUAAAUCCCGGUGAUGAGGUUAUUCUGUUUGCUCCUUUUUAUGAUUCUUAUGAGGCCACUUUGUCUAUGGCCGGUGCAAAAGUCAAAAGCAUUACUUUGCGCCCUCCCAAUUUUGCUGUUCCUAUUGAAGAGUUUAAGUCCACUAUCUCAAAGAAUACCCGUGCUAUUCUGUUAAAUACACCUCACAACCCUACUGGAAAGAUGUUCACACGUGAGGAGCUCGACUGCAUUGCAUCUCUUUGCAUUGAGAAUGAUGUUCUGGUUUUCACUGAUGAAGUUUAUGAUAAGUUGGCUUUUGAUAUGGAGCACAUUUCGUUGGCUUCCUUGCCUGGAAUGUUCGAAAGGACAGUGACAAUGAACUCCUUGGGGAAGACAUUUUCCUUAACCGGAUGGAAAAUUGGUUGGGCUAUAGCGCCCCCACACUUAUCAUGGGGAGUGCGUCAAGCCCACGCAUACCUCACUUUUUCAACCGCUCAUCCUUUUCAGUAUGCUGCUGCAGUAGCUCUGAGAGCAGCAGACUCUUACUAUGCAGAGCUGAAGAGGGAUUACAUGGCAAAGAAAGCUAUUUUGGUUGAGGGAUUGAAGGCUGUUGGCUUCAAGGUAUUCCCAUCCAGUGGAACCUACUUUGUGGUUGUAGAUCACACCCCUUUUGGACUGGAAAAUGAUAUUGCAUUUUGUGAAUAUCUGGUUAAGGAAGUGGGAGUGGUGGCUAUUCCUACCAGUGUAUUUUACUUGAAUCCUGAAGAGGGUAAGAAUCUUGUCAGAUUUACGUUCUGCAAGGAUGAGCAAACUAUUAGGUCUGCUGUUGAGAGGAUGAAACAGAAGCUUAGAAAAUGA